UAGAAACAUUUUUACUAAUCUAAAAAGUAAUCACAUCAAAGAAAUCACACAAGUAAACACACACACACACACACACACACACACACACACACACACACACACACACACACACACACACACACACACACACACACACACACACAUAUUCUAAAUAAAAACACAUUUAUUAUUGUAAAACUUCUUAUAAUGUAAAAGCGUAUACAAGCCUAAUGUCAUAUUAAAACAAUGUUUAAAUACAAUACGCUUCUGGUCAUGACACAACCGACUCGAAUGUUGCUACAAUUUUGUAUCGUAUCCGUAAUUCUAAUCGAUUUCAUAUGAAUUACAAGGUCUAUGUGUUUACCAAAUCCCCACAUAAAAACAAUCGGAAUGCUCAUCACAAUAUGUCAGUAUAUAAGCGCCGGUAUUCAUCUUUCAUAUCACACUCAAUGUUUGGUCUCCUUACAGGUAAACGUAAGCACCAAUGUAUUAAAUAGUAAUACUCCAGUACUUCGAUAGUGUAUGUUGUAAUUUGUAUCUUUUCCAUUUUAACUCGAAAACAGACAACAACGAUAGCCAUUAUGAAUUGUGUUCAGAUCUGUUUGGUGUUAGCCACGAGUUGCUUGACGUUGAUUUCUGCCAACGCGGGAGGAUCAUACAACUACGCAUAUGGAGUGAACGAUCCGAUCAGCGGGGACCUUAAAGAUCACCGUGAGACCAAAGUGUGCGAUGAACAGGUAUCCGACGAGAGCGUAUUGCGCACAGUUCAAAUCAGCCGCGAACCAAUCAUCUCGACGGUGUCUUCGGAACCGAUCAUAAACACUGAAUUUGUGUCUGCGACUCCGUCGUCGAUCUUACGCACCGCCGACUUCGAAUCUUCCCGAAUUUUGGUUGCGGCUCCGAUUUUGGAAACAAAAGCCAAGCCCGAACCACUGUUGUACGCUCCUCGUCCCGUGGAAUACGCUCCUCUUGCCAAGUACGCCGCCCCGAUCGCCGUCACCGCCGCUCCAAUGUUGGAGACGAAGAUCGCGGCCGAACCACUGUUGUACGCUCCUCUUCCCAAGUUAGCACCUCUACCAAAGUAUACGCCACGAACCGAGUAUUACACUGCACCUCUAGUUGCACCUAAAAUACUUCAGACUCCGAUUGUACAGUACCAAGCCGCUCCGGUCAAAAUUAUCAAGUCCAUGAAACUCCCGUCGUACAGCCGCCAGUCCACAUCGUUCUCACACAGAUCGUACGUCAAUCACCCACCGACUCCCGUUAAAAUCGCCACCAUCGCACCUCAGUACUACACGGCCGCCGCUCCUAUAGCACCAGAAUAUUACGCGCCUGCCCCGAAGGCACAAGAAUAUUACGCACCCGCACCAAAGGCACAAGAAUAUUACGCACCCGCACCAAAGGCACAAGAAUAUUUAGCACCCGCACCAAAGGCACAAGAAUACUACGCGCCCGCACCAAAGGCACAAGAAUUUUACGCACCCGCACCAAAAGCACAAGAAUACUACGCACCCGCACCAAAGGCACAAGAAUAUUUAGCACCCGCACCAAAGGCACAAGAAUAUUACGCACCCGCCUUGACUGCACCGGAAUACUAUCUGGCCGCCCCGAAAGCACCGGAAUACAAUUCGGUGACCGUCGCCGCCACCCAAGCACAGAUUGUCCAACCGCUGCAACAGGCCACCCGAGCCCUGUACGUGGCACCAGCGCAGUACGCGUACCGCAGUUCAUCGGCUCCAGCUACUUCGUACCAGUACGCCAACCACUGGAACAACUAUGAACAAUCCGCCGGCGCUCUUCAAUCCCGCUACUACGUGGCCACUCCACAACAAUAUUCGGCCCCACAGCCUCAAUACGAAUCCGCACCACUAACACAUAACUCGGGCCAAUACGUCGCCGCCCAAGAACAACCAUGUGAAAAAUAAACGUUGUCUCUUCGACGUUCAGUAAUAUAAUCUUACGAAUUUUCACUUGUGUUUUUAUGUCGAUUAUAUUUUAAUGUUUAUACUACUAAAUAGCUGUUUUUUUUUUUAAAUUUUCUCUUUCGUCAGUCGUAGAAAAAAUAGUAUCAAAGUCUUAAUAAUAUGCUAGGUAUAUAUAUCGCUCUAAAGAGGUUAGGUUAAGUUUGGGCUAAUUUAUGCGAGACUCAGUGUCGAUUGGGUGUUUGUAUAAUGAGAUAUUUUUUGUUUUUGUUUUUAAUUUAAUAUUGAAAUAAUAUUAUUUAUAAUAAUGUUAAUAGUAAAUAUUAUAUUUUCUGAAUUUAUAUAGACUUUUGUUUGAUAGAUUUAUUUGAUAAUAAUUAGAUAGAAAUCAACACUUUUCUACAUGAUUGCAUAUUUUUAUAAAAAAUACACCAUCUAU